GGGAUAAUGUGGUGGGUCGGGGCGACGGGCGGAGUAACCACUCGGUCGGGCCUGAUAUGGACGAUAGCAUCAUGAGGGGCACCGCGGCGAACGGCAACGCGGUGGAGGCGAACGGGGGGGGGUGCGACGCGGCGGCGGAGCUGGCCAAGAAAUUUAGGCCGCAACGGGAUGACUUGCUAGAGCUGGAGCGCCAGCUCGCCAAGCUCGGGCUCGAGAGCAAGAUGGGGGGCCCCGGGGGGCGAGCCCGCCAGCGACUCUCCAGCGGGGGGGCUCCCCACCUGUCUUCCGCCCUGGGGGACUCGUUCUUCUUUCUCAACAAGUCGGUCAUCUUCGGUGGCGCUGGCGCCGGCGGGAACGGUCUCGUCGCCGUUGGCGGCCCCGCCAACGCGUACGGUAACGGUAACGGCCCCGCCGCCGGGGUGUUGGGGUCGCCCGGGACGAGGCCGGGUGUCACGAACCCCCCCGGCGGCGGCGGCGGGAGAUCGACCUCUGCUCCCCGCCGUUUCAACGAGGGCGAUGCUUCGCCUGAAGGGGCCCCGCAGAUUCCUUCUGGCCGCGGAAGCGACAACGUCGGCGACGGUACCCGAGCCGACGGGAGAGUUGCAGGGGGAGGAGAAAUACCGCGUGUAGGAAACACCGUUGGUCGUGGUGCUGACACUGCAAGGAGGGUGCAAGGUCCGGGUUGCGGAGCUGAUCGACCUUCGGCUGGAGCCGGCGGGGCGUGGGCUGGCGAGUCGGCGAGAGAGGGGGGAGGGGGCGAGGGCCGACCGUCGUUGUUGCUGUCUUCGGCGGAGGAGGAAGCGAGGCGAGUGCGGGAGGAGGAGGCGCAGCAGGGCGAGAUCAUGCGGCUGCUGACGUGCCUCAAGACGCUGGGGGACGAGAACGUGUCCCUCAUGAAGGAGUGCGAAGAACGAGACAAGGCGAGUGCAUCCACGGCUGUUCGGCAGGAGAGUGAAGCCAUACGCGAGGAGAUGAAGAGGUUCCAGCUCAAGUACCACGAAAGGUUCACCCUGCUGAAGAAGACUCUUGACGAGGUGAUGAGGUCUUACCCUCAGCUAGCGGCGCCAGGCACGGCUUCGGCGGCGGGUGGAACGAGCACCUCAGACCCCGCGAAGACUGUAGAAGAGGUGCAGCGGUUGACGCAGACCAACCGCAAGCUCACCGAGCAGGUUAAGAAGUACGAGAACUACUACAAGGAGCUCUGCCUCAAGGCGGAGAGCAAGCGGAAGGAGCAGCUGUCCCAGGCGAAGGCCGCGCGGCAGCAGCAGCUGGCCCACCACCCGUCGUUUGGUCAGCAGCAGCAACAGCAGCAGCAACAGCAAGCGCCUCAGCAGCACCAGCAGCAGCGGGUCCAGAGAAGGCUGUCCCCAGCUCCCGCUGUUCCGCGCCGAGGACAGCAGCAGCAGCAGCAGCAGCAGCAGCAACAGCAGCAGCAGGCUUUACCGCCUUCGGCGCGACGGUCGUCUUCCGCCCCAUCGAUGCAGCAGCAGCAACAACAAGAUCCUACAGCUCACCCCCAACAGCACUACCCCGCAUUUUCCCAGCAGCACUUCAGACAAAGCCAGCAGCAGCAGCAGCAACAACAACCAGGAGAGCAGUUGGGGCACAUCGGCUCUCAGGGGGUUUCGGGAUACCGCGGGGGGGGGUCUACUCAGGCCGCGGUCAUUGCGAGGGGCAGAGCGGCAAGGGGAGGAAGGCCUGCCACUGUGGCGGUACAACAGCAGCAGCAGCCGCCGCCGGUGAGAGGCGUUACGGUUAACACUUCGGCUGGCCUAGCUGAAGAGUCGGACGUAUGAUCUUCCGGGGGGGACGCGCAAGGAAGACUACUGUGGUCCUCGGAGGGAGGAAGUCUUGACCAUUCUGCGUGACCUCCUCCACUCCGCCACCACUCUAGAGACCCCAAGGAUAGAGAUAAAUUGUGGUGUGGCUACCAGUUGUUGAUAGGCAUACGAUGCCAAUGGUGAAGUUUGUCUCGGCACUUGGUGGGUGGUCCGCUACCAUCACGCGUCCGAAUGAAUCCCAUACCGGAUUCAAAUGUCCGGACAUCGAUAUUCACCAAGGUCUUUCUCGCCUCUCUUAGGUUGUAUGGUUCGCAGAGGAAACCGUGAAUUGGAUAGUGCCGGGCUUGUAAAUACCAUAUGGUAAGAUUAUUUGGCGGUAUGCACAAGGGCCGCGUUGUUGGUGUACAAAAAGACAUGGUUUUGGUUUUGCUGUCAGAUUAUUUGAUGAUCCGCUUGAUUGUGAUACAGCAUCCCCCUUCCAGUACGUUGGGAAGUUGAAUCUGCUUUGCCGCGUUAUUUCUACGGAGAAUUACUUUACUCGUGGGGGUUGUACAAAAUUAAACCAUGUUGCGACAUGGGCACGCUGGGCAUGUCGGAACGUCUUGACCGAAAUCGAAAUUUACAUAGCAUCAAAGAGGGGUGGCAUUGUGAUCACCCGAAGCGUUCCUCGACGAACGAUAUUGAGAUCAGCGACGCCUGCAGAACACUGCGUUGUUUAUUUGGGGGAGAUGGUGGAGUUGAAGUCCGCCUAUGGCACAAGUAACUUGUGAGAAGUGUCUUUUCCCCUGAAAUUUAGCGACUUUGCCGCGGCGGGUGAAAAGUGAUGAAAUGAUUUUAUCACAUGCGAUUUCCAUUGUCUCAUUUCGGGCUGUAAAGAGUUUGGGGUCCACCCGACUCCAGUGCAUAAUUUACACAGAUUGUGUGCGAGCGUUGUGGGUGUGUCGUGAACUCGUACAGACGCCGUUAACAUUCGGAGAACGGAAUAUGGAAGCUUGCUAUUGUAGUUGUUCGCUCUCUUUGCUCUUGGAAAGCAUUGGUUGGUUCGUGGUGAGACUACUGUUUGAGGGUUUGGAACAUCCCUCGUUGUUCAUGGAACACACGGCAUCACCGCUGUACAGCACGUACCGUAUACUGCUUCCUCUGCUGUUCCUACCGGGCUAUUGCUAUUCAACACCCAAAACACGUUUCCUACCCACCUUAUGGCGUACAGCAGCUUGCAGCCUAAAGUUGUCUCGUUGACUGGGAAAGGUCACCACAGAGUACGAUGUCGAGAGUUAGAGUGAACAGGGCACUGAAGCUUUGUUUGGCAGGUCGUAAUCUCGUCGCGACAGCAGUGCAUGCUACGGUAGUUUCCCUUGAGACUUCAUUGCACGGAACAUGUGAAGAUAGUAGGUCGCAAGGGAGGAUGGAAUG